AUGUAUCCGAACGCUCAACGAGAUCCCUCGAGGCCCUUCGCGAUGCCGCCGCCCCCGCCGAUGUCGCCGCCUCUGCCGGGGCAGAUGAACGCGGGCAUGAACAUACCUCCGCCGCCUCCAAGGUACCCGAGCGCCCCAUCGACGACGGGCGGUCUGAAUCUGCCCCCUCCUCCUUCGGGACCGCCACCCAACAGUGCGAUGGGGCCUCAAGCACCCUGGCAGGGAAGCUGGGGGCGCAUGUACGAUUCGCGGCCGGGUCUCACGAUCCCUCCUCCACCAUCAGGAGGACCACACGUCGCGUACAAUCCGAGGCUUCACGCGCAGUCUUCGAUGCAGAAUCUGAACGGUUCUCUCAGUAUACCUCCGCCGCCGCCGCAGCAGCAAAUGCAGCAGCAACAGCAGGCGGAGCCAAGCGGCAUGUCUGCGACUUACAUACCCCAAGGCGAUACUUACGGCGAAGGCGUCGGCAUACCUGCUUUUGGCUGGGACGAGUCGGCCGAAACAAUGACAAGUCAGAGCUCAUGGCAGUCUCAAAGCCAGACCAGCAAUGACACGGCGAAUACGACCCCGGCAGACAGCGAAAGUCGCGAUCGGUUGUAUGCCAACGCUAUGCAUGGCCGGAUGAUGUCGACCGCCUCGAAUGCCACCAGCGCUUCGUCCGGAAUCCCACCCGAGAUGGCGGCGAAAUGGCCCCUGGACCACGUCCUGUUGUGGAUGGCUACUAACCAAUUCUCAAAGGACUGGCAGGAGACGUUUAGAGGACUGAACCUGCACGGUGCCCAAUUUCUCGAACUCGGUAGUGCGCGCGGAGGCCGUGGCAACUUUGGCAUGAUGCAUCAGCAAGUCUAUCCCAAUUUAGCAAAAGAAUGUUACAACAGUGGCGCCGGUUGGGACCAAUUGCGGGAACGAGAAGAGGGCAAGAGAAUGCGCCGGCUCAUUCGUGCUAUUCUUCAUAGUGGAGGUAUGGCCGCACCAACGCCAUCAAGGCCGGCUCAGGGAGGACACGCCCGGAGAGAAUCCAACGCGAAUAAUACCCAGAGCGCGGGCACCGAUGCAGACUCUCCCAAUACACCUAUCAAGGCGCCAGGCCGCGGGUUUGGCGAGCGGAGGUUCUCACAAACCCGCUCCACAACGAUGCCAACUUUGAGCAAUACCAUGAGCUCCGACUCCAAUCACAGGACGAUUCUCAAGAAUCUGGACAUUGAGAGUAGUCGGAGACACAGUCCAACUGGGAGUGAGACUCGGGAACGAGGAUCAGCAAUACGCAGCGAUAGUCCCGGAGGCAGCCCAAUGCCGAAUUCGGGACUCUUUCCUCAAUCAGCGGGCUUGUCUGCUUCUUCCCCAUCAGGCAGAUUUCCAAAUCACAGGUCUCGGAACUCGAUUGAUUCGGUCUCCUCGAGUGCCGCCAUAUAUGGUUCCGGCGUGCCGCCUGAGGCAAGUCAGCUACUACGAAAUGGCAUGGGUGGCAUUGGGGAGAUGAUGAAUUCAAACCGCAAUGAUGGUCGGCGGGGACAGGAUGGAGGCCGGUCCCCGUUGGAACCCGGCGACAGGUCCGCGGGGACUGACCCUCCGCAUUCUGCCAGGGACAACAAGAGUUUUUUGAGCUUUCUGAAGAGGAAGAAACAGAGGGAAGACGGCAGUUUUCCCUCCCCAGAAGAUGGCGAAACCAGCCCUAAUAUUCUCAAGCCAUCUUCUCUGGGCAGCCGGUACAAUGCCAGCGAGACUUCGUUGGAUAGACCAUCAUCGAGCUUCUCGAUUCAGGACAACACGCCGGCACUGCGAACCCAGAAGGCCAGUGCGUCUCGACUCUUCCUCCUCGUCACCUUGGAUGGCUGGAAUUACCGGAUGUGCGACGUGACCGACUGUGACACGGCCGCAGAUUUACGGGUUUGCAUUUCACUCAAUCUAGGCCUCCCCGAUCCGAACUCAAUCCACAUAUAUCUGACUGAUCUUGGCCGGGCGGAGCAUGAUGAGCCUCUAGAAGAUCAAAGUUUGUUGAUUCACAAGAGGAACAAGGCGGAUAUAAAUGGGACCCUGAAACUGUUCGUCAAAACGGGCGGUGCUUCACCGCCUGUGGUGCCCAACGUCGUCACGCCUGGAUAUGCUUCCAUUGAUGAGGAUACCUAUGCGCGGUUGAACGGGCAGAGGUCUCGGUCUAGUUCCUCGCCGCCUACUUCUCGUGUCAACACGAUAUCAGGGGAUGGGCCCGAUCCCAAUGAGUUAGCCCAGAAGGCCAAUGAGUAUAAGGCUGGAGUGGAGAAGCAGCAGCAGGCCUACUUGGCCAAGCGGCGGCAAGCCCUGGAGAAGUCUUCCCCGCAAGAGGGUGGCCAAUUUGGUAUUGUUGGGAGAAAUGUUGACUUUGAUCAACCCCGCAGUUCGCCAUAUGAGGAGAAGAAGCCAGACGGUCUGUUCCCCCAGCGCAAGGCGCCUGCUCCUCCUGGAGUUGAGACGGCCACCUUGAUCAAAGCGAACUCGCUCAGCAGAAAGACUGGUCACGCAAUGAGGCCUUCGCAAGGAAGCUUUGAUGGGUUCCCGACGCCGAGGAGACCAGCCACGACCAACUGGAACUCAAGCGGCGGAGACCCGAGCCAGGACCCAAACCAACGACGGUCGGCAACCGCCAGCAGAGAUCCUGUCAACUCAGCCUUGGGCGCCUUGGUGGGUAUGGGAAGUGCCCUGAGUCACUUUGGCCGACCCCAUUCAGGAGCCAACAGACAGCAACAACGACCUGUGUCACCCAACCGAGUGAAUUCCGGACCAGCAGCAGGAGCUGCGUAUAAUGAACAACGAGGUAAGGGAGUAAUCGCAAACGUUGACUGGGGCCAGACUGCUUCGGGUCGGAGUAGUCCGCGUUCGGCGUCUGGAUCCCCUGGUACCCUGACAUGGAGCCGUGGAGACCUCGCGUUUGUCAUUCCAGACUAUUCGCCCGGUGGUACUCCUGUCAACUGGGGCCGUGACACACCCGAUGAUGGAAUACUUGCUAAAAUGCGUGAAACAGCACAACGGGCCCCGUCCCCUGGCGAUCUCAGCCCGAGUACGGCACAUCCAUCAUACACCACCCCCACGGCGAAUGGGUCUGAACUCGACCGGCGGAAGUCGACCCGCAUGGAUGUGGAUUUCACGGAUACGGACGUGCAGUUCUCGGCGCCGGUGCCAAAACUGUCUGCUAUGCAAGGUGAUGACGACUCUGGGGACGAUUCGGAUGAUGGCUUGUUCGCAGUCCCAGUGAGAGGAAGACAGCCCUCGGUCAAGGCGCGCAAGUCGUCGAUGGGUGGUGGACAUGACAGUGACUCGGAUCCGAAUGGCAAGAAGCCAAACUUGACGCUGAACACGUCGAGGUCUAAGAAGCAGUUGUCGGUGUCGUUCAAUUCGCCUGGUGCUAGAACUCCAGAUUUCGAGGAUGACGCCAGUCAAAGCGGGAAGAACUCGCAACGUCGCACACCAGCGACGCCACGCUCAGACUCGGAUGAUGGCAAACUCGGCCGCCGGAAAUCUUUCAUUGAACGUGACGUUUGGGCCAACCGUCCACCCGCUGAGGCUCUGCUUGAGAAUCUGGACGCCUUCUUCCCGGAGCUUGAUCUCGAUGAGCCUGUGUUGGACGAAAUGCAGCUGCGGGAGGCUUCACCCACAGUGUCGCCAAUCACCGAGAUGGAUGAAAAUAAUGGUGGUGAAGGCUCGCGAGCCAAUGAGAACUUGUCGCUCACUGAGCCCACGGCUGGCUUCGCUACCGCGCGAUCAUCUAUGUACAGCGAUAACGACACUUUAGGUUCUGACGAGUCCACCCUCAAGGCCCUCGAGAGGCCUGCCUCUAUUGCGUCGAUUGCCCAACGCAGCGUGCGUCGCUCUGGUGGCCUAGGCCGCAUGAAGUCUAUCCGUCAAGUAGCGCGUGGAGCGCACGAGGCCAAUAAACGCUUCACUACAGCGUCGUCUGCAUCUGGUGCUGGUGGCGCGUCAUCCAUGAUCCAGCGCCGUAAGAGCACCAAGAUGUUCGGAGCCAAUGUGGUGCAAAUCAAGCCUGAUCGCGGCUCCAUGAUCAUCCCUCAAAUCCCCCAAGAUACCCUUCCAAAACGGCAGACGACCUUCCGAUGGUUCAAGGGUGAGCUGAUCGGCAAGGGAACUUACGGACGCGUCUACCUCGGCAUGAACGCCACAACAGGUGAAUUCCUAGCCGUCAAAGAAGUCGAAGUAAACCCUAAAGCCGCCGGCGGUGACCGCAACCGCAUGCGCGAGCUCGUCGCGGCCCUAGACCAGGAAAUCGACACGAUGCAAUACCUCGACCACGACAACAUCGUGCAGUACCUCGGGUGCGAGCGCAAAGAAGCCAGUAUCAGCAUCUUCCUUGAGUACAUCUCUGGUGGCUCCAUCGGUUCCUGUCUCCGCAAACACGGCAAGUUCGAGGAACCCGUCGUGAGCAGCCUGACGCGACAGACGCUUUCGGGGUUGGCGUACCUCCAUCGUGAGGGUAUCCUGCACCGCGACCUCAAGGCCGACAAUAUCCUGCUUGAUGUCGAUGGUACGUGCAAGAUCUCCGAUUUUGGCAUCUCCAAGAAGACGGAUGAUAUUUAUGGGAACGAUAAGACGAAUAGUAUGCAGGGGUCUGUCUUCUGGAUGGCGCCCGAGGUCAUCCUGUCACAGAAGGAGGGGUACAGUGCCAAGGUCGAUAUAUGGAGUCUGGGCUGUGUCGUGUUGGAGAUGUUUGCGGGGAGACGGCCCUGGAGCAAGGAGGAGGCCGUGGGCGCUAUUUACAAGAUUGCGAAUGGGGAGACGCCGCCGAUUGCGGAUGAGGUGCGUGAGGCUAUCAGUCCUUAUGCGCUUGGGUUCAUGUUGGAUUGUUUUACUGUGGAUCCGGGGGAACGACCCACAGCCGACAGACUACUCAGACACCACGAGUUCUGCGAGCUGGACAAUAAUUACAAUUUCUUCGAUACGGACUUGUAUGCUAAGAUUAGGGGCACGUUCCAGUGA